AUGAUUGACAGAACAGAAACAACGGCAAUGGGUCAGGUUCAACCAAUCAACAAAAGGAGGAAUGAAGUGGACAGAAAGGUGGAGGCAAACCUUAAAGCAAUUGAGGAAAUAAAAGCUGCAACUGAUAUGGCUCUAAGGAAUGCAGAGAUGGCAGAUUCUGCAAUGGUUGCAGUUGAGGAAACUGCUCGCUGGAACCCACAGAGCCUCCUAUCGAAGAAAAGUCAAAGAAAACCCUACACUGCUGUUGGAACUGUGGGUCGAAGAAAACCCUACACUGCUCUUGGAACAGUCGUGGGUGCUCAAAGCUCAAAGCUUUCUACGCUGCCAGUUAACAAGUUGAUUGUGCUUUACGUGGUUUUCAAGCUUGACGAGAGUUACACGCCGAGCAAAGUUUCCAUCUGUGCCGGUGAUGGUUUUCUCAACUUGAAGGAAAUUAAGACCGUGGAACUCGUGAAGCCAACUGGGUGGUUUUAUCUAUCCUUGUCUGGAGCUGAUCCUAGAUAA